GUCCCCACACUGCACAACAGUCUGAGAGUCAGGAACUGCAGCUUGCAGGGUUAUAGAGAGGCAUACAGUUAAAACUUACAAACCUAGACAUAUUUACAAUAGUAGCGACUUUGACAGCAACUAUGCACCAAAGGACUUUUCAGCAAUCCUACCGUUCCACCUCAGCAAGCAAAGGGGGACGUGAAUCAUCGGGAAGGAUGUUUUUUGUGGCCGGUGCCAAAAAUAAUGCAGGACGAAAUGAGAGGAGCAGGUCAAUCUACCAGAAGUUCCGUGAGGUAGAUUUGUUGAAUAAGAAGAAGACUGUGACGGCUCUGAAGCCCGGUGAAGAUCGUGCCAUCUUCCUGGGACUGGGAAUGAUCCUUUCUUCAGUGAUGAUGUGCUUUGUCCUGGGGAUCACUAUAUUACGCUCCUAUGCAGACAGUGUGUGGACAGAGGAAGGUGUGUGUGUUAUACUUAACUCCACGGUCACAGCAGACAUGAACUGUUCCUACAACUGUGGGUCAGAGUGUUGGAGAGACUCCAAAUACCCCUGCCUGCAGGUCUACGUGAGCGUCAAUAACACAGGCCGUGUCAGCCGUUUAUCUCACAACGAGGAGACACAGGACACCAGCACUGAAUGUUUCUACGUGCCAAGGUGCCAGAAAGACAGAGUCGCCAUGCAUGUCAUGAUCAUGAACAUCUCAGAGCGUUUGAAGGUGAACCAGCAGGUCACGUGUUACUACGACCCCAGCGAGCAGCAGGAGAACGUUCUCCUGACGCGGCUGUACGACCAAACAGUCGUCUUCCACUCGCUGCUCUGGCCCUCUUGCAUGCUCACUGGAGGGGCCCUCAUCAUUGUGAUGGUAAAGCUAACGCAGUACCUCUCCAGACUGUGUGAAGAGAUAGUGAAGAUCAAGAGAUGAAACCCAAUGCAGCAGCUGUCAAAGCAAAGCAUAUGGUGGCUGGUGAUGGACAUAGGACAUGAAAGGGAUUAGUGCACCUGCUUCAGAUGAUAUCAGCUCAUUAAAUGGCCGUUAUCCGUGGCUGAGAAUCAGUAUCAAUGUAAAAUAUCUGGGUCAGAAGGGGCUUGACCUGGAAAUCCAUCGGCUAUUGUUCUGACAAUGAUGAUCCUCUCAGGACAGGAUUGAACGACCAACUUCCCUUAGGGUUGGCCAAUAAUACUUGGACAACAAGCGCAAAACAGAACUCGUCCACUAACAAAUCCUUGUCCAAUGCUUGGAUUUUAUAUGAUUUCAUAAUCUCUUUAUAAAGACUAGGUUCUUAACAAGAUUAUCAUCUUUUCACACAGUUGCUCAUCAAUACAAAAACAAGACAAUGGCGACCUUUAGCGGCUGUUAUAAUGAUGACGGAACAACGUUCGGUCCCUCAAAAUCUUCUUAAGGGUGGGUCGGACUGUUUGAAAAAUGGGUCAAACAAUCACAGGACUUUUAAUGGUUUAUGUGUGAAACCAAAAGUCAAUGCUUUUCUUACUGACGUGGCCUAUGAAAGCAAAUUUCCAUUAUUUACUUGACUGUAAAUAAGAAGUGGUUGUAGUCACCAAUUGGUUUGGAAACUGGGUUGUAAAAGAACGACUGAGACUGACAUUUUUAGGUGACCAAAUUCUUAAAACUUGUAUUAAAACACUCUGAGAAAGAAUUAAAGUUGUAAAACAAAAACUUGGAGUGUACUUAGACCAGACAACAGCCACAUUACAUUCGGGAUCAUAAACUCAUUAUAUUUUAUGAUACUCAGGCGAGAUAUAAGGUAAUUUCCUCUUAGACUUCUUUACAAUACGAGUCGCUGGAUAUUGUAGAAGUUCCUGCACUGUCUUCACUUUUCAGAACUGGGUGUUUUUGCUCGGUGAAGCCAAACAUAAUGAGAUAUGUGUACUGAAGUAUUCUACUUAAGCAAAGUUACUUAACAUAAUUAACAUGAAGAUUCACAUUGUGAACACUUGUAACAACGUAGGCAUACUUAUUUUAACUCGAACCAUGAUCUCUUACCUAAAUCUUACCACACUGUAUUUACGCAAAGACCUUAACAACCUAAAGUAAAACAUAAUCAAACUGCAACCCUUUCUUCAUAUUGGAUGUGCACCUUCUGGGCUAGGCUACUUAUGGGAGCAGUUUGUCCUCUCUGAAGCAAUAGAGUGAAAGUAAAAACAACUGAUAAGCCCAUUUAAUAGCUUAAUAGCACUCAUAACAGGUCAUGUUUAAACCCAACAACCUUGCUGUGACCUUUUACAAACUUUCCUCUCGGGUACAGACAUUUGGAAGAGCUACAUUUUUCUCCGGAAAGAGGAUGUGUCUGUUUAUAAAAGUGAAGUGAAGGUUCCAAGGUGGAAACUAUCGGACAUGUAGCUGCCAAUUAUAGAAAUACACUGCAUUUUGCAUGGUUUUAAAGCCUUGUAAAGGGUUUUAUGGAUAUUUGUUCACAACAGUUCCUUUCAUUUGAAAAUAAAGCAUAUUAUAUAUAAGUGCAUGUUUGCUUUUGUACAUAUAAUACACAGUACAAUACCAGCAUUUAUUUAAGCCAAAGAGAGAAAACUCUGAUGUUAGUACGAAAAUGUCCUAUGUGGUGGAGGAACUAACAAUUUUAAUGACUUCCUUCGACGUCUUUUAUUUUGAUAAUAACAUCUAAAUGUUCUCAUUUUAUAGCCACUAUGUCAGCGACCAAAUGAUAUAUGUAUA